AUGGCUUCUGCUAGCUCCCUUGCCCAUCUAAAGAGUCGACGGCGCGAAGACUACCGCUACUUGCUUGACUACCGAACUAGAUGGAAUGAUAACGACAUGUAUCAUCACAUGAAUAACGCAGUCUACAACUUCCUGUUUGAUUCCAUUGUCAACGCCUAUCUCAUAGAUGAGUGCGGUCUCCACCCGCCCACUUCAGCGGAGCAUCCUCUGGUUGCUCAUCUACAUACCGAUUUCUUCUCAUCGAUCUCCUAUCCAGCUGUCGCAGAGCUGGGCCUCCGGGUUAACAAGCUUGGCAGGUCAAGCGUAUCCUAUGAGAUUGGCCUAUUUGAGAAGGGCAUAGACUCUGUCAGGGCGGUUGGUGAGUUUGUCCACGUCUGGGUCCAGCGUGUCACGGGGAGGCCGGCCCCCACGGGCAUGAGCGAUGGGCUACGGGAGGGCCUAGAGAAGAUCUAUGUUGCGACAGACUCUAUGACCGGAUCCACCGCCGGAAGCAGAAGCAGCAUAGGCCACAUCAGCGGUGACGGAGGUAGGAAAGGUCGAGAUGAUAGAAAUAGCAAACUAUGA